AUAAAACACGAAUCUCAUCCAAUCUGCGCCACCUCCUCACUCUCUCUGCAUUUUAGGGUUUCCUUUCUCUCAGCGCCGCACUCUCUAUUCACAGCAUCAAUGGCGGAACGCGGUGGAGGCGAACGCGGCGGAGGCGAUCGCGGUGGCUUCGGACGAGGCUUCGGUGGCCGAGGACGCGGCGGUGACAGGGGCCGCGGAGGCCGUAGAAGAGGCGCAGGCCGCCGCGAUGAGGAGGAGAAGUGGGUUCCAGUGACGAAACUCGGUCGUCUAGUGAGGGAUGGGAAAAUCCGCAGCUUGGAGCAGAUCUACCUUCACUCUCUCCCCAUCAAGGAGCACCAGAUCAUCGACACCCUCGUGGGACCCACGCUCAAGGACGAGGUGAUGAAGAUCAUGCCGGUCCAGAAGCAAACCCGGGCCGGUCAGCGAACCCGGUUCAAGGCUUUCGUCGUCGUCGGAGACAACAACGGCCACGUCGGUCUCGGCGUGAAGUGCAGCAAGGAAGUCGCCACCGCCAUCCGCGGCGGCAUCAUACUGGCGAAGCUUUCCGUGAUCCCCGUCAGGAGGGGGUACUGGGGGAACAAGAUUGGGAAGCCUCACACUGUUCCGUGCAAGGUGACAGGGAAGUGCGGUUCUGUCACCGUCAGAAUGGUUCCGGCACCUCGUGGUUCUGGAAUUGUGGCUGCUAGGGUUCCCAAGAAGGUGCUGCAGUUCGCUGGGAUUGAUGAUGUCUUCACUUCUUCCCGAGGAUCCACCAAGACACUCGGCAAUUUCGUUAAGGCAACUUUUGACUGUUUGCUGAAAACCUAUGGUUUCCUGACACCUGAAUUCUGGAAGGAGACUCGCUUCACCAAAUCUCCAUUCCAAGAGUACACAGAUCUGUUGGCUAAGCCAACUGCAAAGGCUCUAAUCUUGGAGGAGGAAAGGGUGGAUGCUUGAGUUAUCAGUUAUGAUUUUUGUGGGAUACAGUUUUUCUUAAGCAAUGUUAGGAACUGAUACUUUUAAAUUUCUUUCCUUUGUGCUUUACUUCUCUUUGUGGGACGGAUCAUCAUUUUAUGGUUCAUUUGGUUGUUUUAACUUUUAGUUAAUUGAAUUGAUAUUUGUUGGGUUUCAAA